AUGGCUUCCACAAACACAGCUGUUACUAGUCACGUUGGAUGCAAGGCCAUAGUGGCUGCCUCAGAGUUCAAGACCCAGGACUAUUAUCAGAUGCUAUUCCAGAUAAACCAUGAACUUGCCUUCUGUAAACCUGGCCAGCUCAAGAACCCGCAUUUGCCAGAGCUUAGUAUAGUGAUUAUGCUUGGCAAAAAGAAAUUCCCGGGGACAUUUGCAUUUGACGAUGUACUGUCAAUGGGCGGGAGUGAUGAAGAGAAAGAGUUGCAACGCCUGCAGAAUAAACUCCAGUUUGACCAGCCAAUUAACAUCCAGUUUACAUCUGGGACUACAGGCCAACCCAAGGGUGCCACCCUUACUCACCACAACAUCGUGAACAACGCCUACUUUGUGGGCCUCAGAAUGGAUUACCACCGCAGGGACACCAGGAUCUGUAUUUCCCCUCCUUUAUACCACUGCUUUGGUAUGGUGCUUGGUAGUCUCAUGAGUCUUGUCCAUGGUGCAACCCUGAUAUUUCCUUCUCCAAGUUUUGAGCCAGAGGCAGCUCUGAAGGCUGUUCACGAUGAAAAAUGUACUGCACUUUACGGCACCCCCACCAUGUUCAUAGAUAUGCUAAACCACCAGAACUUCUCCAGUUAUCACCUUGGAAGCUUGUAUACAGGUAUUAUGGCGGGCUCGCCUUGUCCAUCUGUCAUUAUGAAACAGGUUGUCAUUAACAUGCAUAUGAAGCAUUUAACAGUUUGCUAUGGUACUACAGAGAAUAGUCCAGUGACACUUCAAAGCUUCAUGGAGUCACCUUUCGAAAAGAGGGUGUCCUCAGUGGGGAAGGCUUCCGCCCAUGUGGAGCUCAAAGUGGUGAACAGUGAGGGUGAUAUUGUCCCUGUGAACACAGUAGGAGAGCUCUGUACAAGGGGGUAUGCCACCAUGCUGGGCUACUGGGGAGAUGAAGACAGGACAAGAGAGGUGGUCAAACCAGAUGGCUGGUAUCACACUGGAGAUUUGGCCUUUCUAGACGAGGAGGGCUAUGGUCAUAUCACGGGGCGUUUGAAGGACAUGGUCAUACGAGGCGGCGAGAAUAUCUACCCUCUGGAGGUGGAGGAGUUUCUCUAUACUCACCCUAAGAUUGAGGACGUACAGGUGAUAGGAGUACCUGACGAGAGACUGGGGGAAGAGUUAUGUGCCUGGGUGAGGUUGCACAAAGGGGAAACUGCCACUCAGGAAGAAAUUAAAGAAUUUUGUAAAGGAAAGAUAUCUCAUUUUAAGAUACCAAAGUACAUCAUGUUUGUGGACAGUUUUCCUCUGACAGUGACAGGCAAAGUUCAGAAGUUCAAGAUGCGUGAACAGAGCACAAAAGAGCUGCAUCUGGACCACGUGAUACCCCACUAGGACAGCAUUUCAGCAUCUUGUAAAUAAGAUAUAAUACAGGUACAUCUAUGAAGAUCUACUAUAAAGAUGUAAUAUUGGAUUACACAUUACGUCUUUAUAGUAGGUCUUCAUAGAUGCACCAGUACUAUAACUUAUUUACUCCUUUAAGAUCUAUAUGGCGAUUUGAUACUAAUCUUAAAGGAUCUUGUAAAAAGACAUUAUCAUGUCUAAUUAGGUCAUGACUGGAGCACUAGAUAGAUUCAGGGAUUGAAGUGAAGGUUAUAAAAAAUACAGAAAAUGUUGCAUUAUAUAUUAUUUUUAUAUUAUAUUUUUGAUAACAGUAAGAGUAGGAUGGGGAAUUUUGUACCAUUUUGCAUUUAUUCAAGGUAAACUAGUAACAUUUUUAGCUAAAUCAAGUGAUUAGGACUUAUUUGUUUUCAUGGUAUUCAUAAUCCAAGUGCAAACUACUAGUGUAAAGAGAUCAUUACUUAUUUAAUAUUGUUAAACCUAAAAAUGUUAUAAAUAUGUUUUAACAUAGGAUUGUUUAUACGGUCUCCAUGUACAUUACAACAGCAUUAACAGAUCAUGAUUUGUGAAGGGUUGGCCAGCAGCAAAUUUUUUGUUUCUAAACAAAGAAAGUUUUGGUACAAGUACCAUAUAU